GUUCUGAGAGGAGCAUGCUCACUGAAGAGGGAGGGAGAAAAAGAGGUGGAGGAGAAAGGGAGGGAGGGGACAGAAUCAGCUUGGCACAGCUCAGAUCUGUUUCUUCUCUAGCUUGGAUAGCAGGAGCUGCAGCUGCCGGGAGGGAUCUCUAGCAAAUGUUGUUUGAUACCGGCCAACAUGGAGGAAGCAAAAGCGGUAGUUACCUGCGAACUGGACUAAUUCACUGGCUUCCGUUCCAGCCAUCCAGCUGUGUACUAGAAGAAGGGAGGCAAGCCUGAUCCCUCACCCGUGGAGUCACAUCUGUCUACACGCCCGACAGCAGGAGUAGGGGGCUAUUUUCCCCUUCUGUCUGCCUGCAUCUAAGACUAAGAGGCAAAGGAGGGUGGGGAGCUCGCCGCCGCUAAGGAGCCUCCCUAAGCCAUGGGCAACGAAGCGAGCUUGGAAGGGGAAGGUCUCCCCGAAGGGCUGACAGCUGCUGCUGCUGCGGCAGCAGCAGCCGGAGGAGGGGACGGUGGGGCGGGGAGCACCUUACACACCAUGAUCCCGGCCGGCAUGGAGGCGGAUCUGAGCCAGCUGAGCGAGGAGGAGAGGAGACAGAUCGCUGCUGUCAUGUCAAGGGCGCAGGGGCUGCCCAAAGGAAACGUUCCCCCCGCCGCAGCGGAACCACCUUCUAUGCAAAGGAAACCAGAAUUUGAUAGCAGUCAUCAUCCAAAGCAACCGGGGAAACCUCCAGAUCCUGGGCGUCCUGGACAACCCACUCUCAGUAAAAGUAGAACAACAGACACUUUGAGAACAGAGCAGAAAUCUCCUGGAAGGAGUCCUUCUACUACUAGUCUGAGAGAAUCUAAAUCUAGAACGGAUUUUAAAGAAGAACAAAAGUCAAGCAUGAUGCCUAGCUUCCUUACAGAAUCCAAUCCUUUAAGUGCUGUCUCCUCUGUUGUAAAUAAAUUUAACCCUUUUGAUUUGAUAUCAGAUUCUGAUGUAUCCCAGGAAGAAACCACCAAGCGACAAAAAGCUGCUCAGAAGGAACAGGUGAAAUCAGAAGGAAUCACAAAGCCCACAUCUCAGCAGCAGCCCCCCAAAUCAAUUACAAAGCAGCAAGGGCCUCCCAAAGUUACAUCUCAGCAAGCUGGUACUACCAAAUCAAUACCUCCUCAACAACCUGGAAAAAUUAAGCCUCAGCCUCUUGGGACAGGAAAGCCAACUCAAGCUUUAGGGCCUUUAGAAGAAGUUUUACAAUCAGAACAAGCAAAACUCCCACUUCAGCAAAGAGGUCCAACCAAAUCUCAGUCAGACCCUUCAAAAUCAGAUCCUGCUAAAUCUGUAUCACAAGGUCCAUCCAAAAUAUUGUCCCAGCCACCAGGGUCUACAAAAUCAUCUGUCCAGCAGCCGGACCCCACAAAACCACCUGUUCAACAGUCGGGCCCCACAAAACCACCUGUUCAACAGUCGGGCCCCACAAAACCACCUGUUCAGCAGUCAGGUCCCACAAAACCACCUGUUCAGUCAGGUCCCACAAAACCACUCACUCAGCAUCUUGGAACAACAAAACCUCCCACUCAGCAACCAGGGCCCAUGAAACUACCCACUCAGCAGAAUGGGGCUUCAAAGCCUUCUACCCAGCAGCCAGGGACCACAAAACCAUCUACUCAACAACCUGGGCCUUCAAAGACCCCCACCCAGCAGCCAGGGACCAUGAAACCUCCUACCCAACAGUUGGGAUCCUCAAAACCCCCCUCUCAACAGCCAGGAUCAACAAAACCCCUUGGUCAGCCGACUACAAAAUCAUCAAGCCAACAACCAGAGCCUGGAAAACCUUUGCAAUCACAAUCAACUUCAUCCCCAUCUGCAGCACCGAUUUCAGCACAGGCUCUCCCUAAAACCUUUUGUCCUCUUUGCACUACGACGGAACUUCUGCUCCACACUCCUGAAAAGGCCAAUUAUAAUACUUGCACUCAGUGUCAAACAACUGUCUGUAGCCUGUGUGGUUUCAGUCCUCCACAUAUAACAGAGGUUAAAGAGUGGCUUUGUUUAAACUGUCAGAUGCAAAGAGCACUGGGUGGUGAUUUGGCUCCUGUUCCACCAGCUCCUCAGCAGAAACAGAAGAUUAGCCCAGCAGUUUCUGCAACUUCAGUGACUAAACCAGCCCCUCCAUCCCAGCAGACUUCCCUGAAGAAAGAUGUUACCCCUAAACCAGAUCUUUCAAAGCCCCCUGAGAUUAAAAAGCCACCUUCCCUCACCAAACAACCAUCAAUCCCAGGCUCUCCUCCAGCAAAAGCCAAGCAGCCUUCCCCUAGAGAGUCUGUAACCCAGCCAACCCCUCACCCAGAGCCUUCUCUCAAAUCUGAACAAGCCAAGGCACCAGUGGCUGACGAUAAAUCCAAACAGCCAAAGAUACAGAAGCCUACAGCAGAUGUUGUGGCUUCCUCAUUAGCUGCAGUGAAACCUGAUCUCCCAGGCUCCAAAAUACAAUCCCAGGUUCAGGAGAAAACAGCACAGCCUCCUAAAACAGAUUCUGCCAAAUCAACACAAAUUACCCUACCAGUAGGGGAUAAAGAAGUCCCACCUGCUUCUAAAGGCCCAUCACAUACUACAUCUGAUUCCAAGCUCACAUCACAACCUGGGAUGUUUUCAGAGAGUAAAAGUCAAAAACAAGUUGAUCCAGUUCAAAAGAAGGAAGACCCUAAGAAAGCACAAACCAAAAUGAGCCCCAAGCCAGAUGCCAAGCAAAUGCCAAAAGGAUCUCCUAUCCUCCCAGGCACAAAGCCUAGUCCUGGACAACCUACACCAAUACCCCCACAGCCCCCAAAGACUCAAGAGCAGUCAAGACGUUUCAGUCUUAAUCUGGGAAGUAUCACGGAUGCCCCCAAAUCACAACCCACUACUCCCCAAGAGACAGUGACUGGGAAGCUAUUUGGAUUUGGAGCAUCUAUCUUUAGCCAGGCAUCAAAUUUAAUUUCCACAGCUGGCCAAGCAGGAACUCAAGCACAAGGUAUGCCAGCGGCUCCAACCAAACAACCCCCUCCUUCUUCACAUCCACCUGUGUCUCAGGUACCACCUAAGCCCACCAGUCAAGCUCCACAAACAAUUCCUAAAACCCCACCUAUUAAAAAGGACACAAAAGCUCCAAUUGCUGAAAAAAUUGAGGUGCCUAAAAUUGAACAGGUUGCCCCAGUUAAAGGCACUGAAUCAGAAAAAAAGCCUCUUCCCACAAAGGAUAGCAAACCUCAAGUAGUAGAACCACAAAAGGCUGCUGGCCCUCCUGAAUCAGAAAAGUCCACCAAGCCAAAAUCAACUUGCCCUCUUUGCAAAACUGACCUAAAUGUGGGCUCUAAGGAUCCUCCCAACUUUGAUACUUGUACAGAAUGCAAGAAUAUGGUGUGCAAUCUCUGUGGAUUUAACCCAACACCACACUUAACAGAGGUUCAAGAAUGGCUAUGCUUAAACUGCCAGACCCAGAGAGCAAUAUCAGGACAACUUGGGGAUAUGGGCAAAAUGCCACCUUCAGUCCCACCUGUUUCUUCAGAGAUCAUUCAAAAAGCAGUUGUGCCUCAGAGUCAACCUACUGUGACAGAGGAAAUAUCCCCCCAAACAUCCUCAAUGCCUCUCCAAGUAACAGAAAAAAAGAAAGAAAAAGAAGCACAAAAAGAAUUUGAAGAAGUAGAAAAGGAAAAGGAGGCAGUUCCAUUUGAAAAGAAGCCCCCUUCGAUAAGCACAGAUGAAAAGCAGGCGGAAACUAAAUUGACAGAGAAGAUUAUAGACCCUGAUGAUUUGGGAAAAAAACCCAAAGAAGGACAGUCUCAAGAGAUAAUAAAACCUCAAAUGCAAAUUGCUGAAGAGAAAUCCUUAGAUCUGCUACCUAAGGAGGUAAAAGUGGAAAAACAAGCUGAGACCAAGACAGAGGAUUCAGCACCUAUCAUUCCCCAAAGUCUGCCCAAAGAAGUUGAGAAGACCCAGAAAACAGAUGCCAUGCCUCCAGCAACACCAUUUGUAAAACCUGAUCAGGUGGAAACAGUGAAAGAAAAAAUAGAAAAGGAAGAUGACAAAUCAGAUACAUCCAGUUCUCAACAACAGAAAAGCCCUCAAGGUUUAAGUGACACAGGAUAUUCUUCUGAUGGAAUAUCAGGUUCCCUUGGUGAAAUUCCAAGUCUUAUACCAGGUGAUGAAAAAGACUUGCUGAAGGGACUGAAAAAAGAUUCCCAUUCUCAGGAAACUAGUCCUACCAGUCCUUCAGAUUUAGCGAAAUUAGAAAGUACUGUUCUGUCCAUUUUGGAAGCUCAAGCUAAUUCACUCGUUGAUGAAAAAUCAGAAAAGAAAAAAGAAUUAUAUAGUGGGCUUCCUGAGCAGCCCAAAGAUCAACAGAAAACGAAGGAUUUUCCUCUCACAUUGGAAUCUUACAGUUCAGAAGAAGAGGAACUCAAGGAAGCUCAAGAAGAAAAGAAAGAUAUCCUUGUAAGAGGUGAUAAAGAAAAUAUUCCUUCCAUUAAGGGCCUCAGAGAAAAAACUGACUUUGUAGAUGAUGGAACAGCUAGAAGGCAGCGAUAUGAUUCCCUAGAAGAUAGCAGUGAGAGUGAAAACUCUCCUGUCUCAAGAAGGAAAAGAAGAACUAGUGUUGGUUCAUCAAGCAGUGAUGAGUAUAAGCAGGAAGACAGUCAGGGAUCAGGAGAUGAUGAAGAUUUCAUUCGAAAACAGAUUAUAGAGAUGAGUGCUGAUGAAGAUGCCUCUGGUUCAGAUGAUGAUGAUUUCAUCAGGAAACAACUCAAAGAAAUCAGUGUUAGUGAGAGUCAGAAGAAGGAAGAAAUGAAAGGAAAAGGGAAAGGGAUAAUUGGGAAGCAUAGAAGACUAACUAGAAAGAGUAGUACAAGCUUUGAUGAUGAUGCAGGAAGACGUCAUUCUUGGCAUGAUGAAGAUGAUGAGACAUUUGAUGAGAGUCCAGAACUAAAAUACAGAGAAACAAAAAGUCAGGAGAGUGAAGAACUUACUGUUACUGGUGGAGGAGGUCUUAGAAGGUUCAAAACCAUUGAAUUAAAUAGCACAGUGACAGAUAAAUUCUCUGAAGGCUCUGUGCAGAAGAAAGCAAGUUUAUAUUUUGAUGAAGAACCUGAACUUGAAAUGGAAAGUCUCACAGAUUCACCAGAAGAUAGGUCACGAGGAGAAGGAUCUUCGAGUCUGCAUGCCUCUAGUUUCACACCUGGCACAUCUCCCACAUCAGUGUCAUCCCUUGAUGAGGAUAGUGACAGUAGUCCUAGUCACAAAAAGGGAGAGAGCAAACAGCGUAAAUCUAGACACCGAUCUCAUGGUCCUCUUCUUCCCACUAUUGAAGAUUCUUCAGAAGAAGAAGAAAUGAGGGAAGAAGAAGAAUUAUUAAAGGAACAAGAAAAACAACGUGAAUUAGAACAGCAACAAAGAAAGAGUUCCAGUAAAAAAUCAAAGAAAGAUAAAGAUGAACUUCGGGCUCAGAGAAGAAGAGAAAGACCAAAGACACCACCAAGCAACCUCUCUCCAAUUGAAGAUGCAUCUCCCACAGAAGAAUUACGUCAGGCUGCAGAGAUGGAGGAGUUGCAUAGAUCCUCUUGCUCUGAAUAUUCACCCAGCAUAGAAUCAGACCCAGAGGGGUUUGAAAUUAGCCCAGAAAAAAUAAUAGAAGUGCAAAAAGUUUAUAAAUUGCCCACAGCUGUUUCUUUAUACUCUCCAACAGAUGAACAAUCUAUUGCGAUUCAAAAAGACAGUGGUCAAAAGGUAUUGAAAAGUGCUGAGGAAAUGUAUGAAGAAAUGAUGCAUAAAUCCCACAAACCAAAAACAUUUCCAACUCCAACAGAAAAGGAUGAAGUAUUUGAGAAAGAGCCAUUGUAUGGUGGAAUGCUAAUAGAGGAUUAUAUUUAUGAAUCUCUUGUAGAAGAUACAUACAAUGUUGCUGUUGACAGCAGUCUAUUAACAAGCCAAGAUGAGAGUAGUGAAUUUAUUCAGCCUGUUGGGAGAGAGAGAAAAAUGAGACUUCCAGAGGAAAUCUAUGAAGAUCCUAUGCAGAAAAUCUCAGAUCUGCAGAAAGAAUUUUAUGAGCUAGAGAGUUUACAUUCUAUGGUGCCUCAAGAAGAUAUUGUAUCAAGCUCAUACAUCAUUCCUGAGAGUCAUGAAAUUGUGGAUCUAGGGACUAUGGUAACAUCAACAAGUGAAGAAAAACAGUUAUUAGAUGCAGAUGCAGCCUAUGAGGAACUCAUGAAGAGGCAACAAAUGCAGCUCACUCCAGGAUCUAGUCCAACUCAACCAGCCACUGAGCAUGAUGUAACAGAGCCUAUGAUAGACUUUGACAGAAUGCCAGAUACCUCAUUGACAUCUAGUAUUCUCUCAGGAGCCUCACUUACAGACUCAACUAGUAGUGCAACUCUUUCUAUCCCAGAUGUGAAAAUAACACAGCAUUUUUCGCCGGAAGAAAUAGAAGAUGAAUAUAUAACUGAUUAUACCAGAGAAAUUCAAGAGAUAAUUGCCCAUGAAUCAUCAGUUUUAACAUACUCUGAGCCCUCAGAAAGUGCAACAUCUGUGUUACCAUCUGACACGCCUUCUCUUACAUCAUCCAUUUCAUCUGUUUGUACAACAGAUAGCUCCUCACCUAUUACUGCACCAGAAACUGCAACUGCAGUUUUUACAGAUACUGGGGACCAACUAGCUAAAUUUGACGAUCCCAAAAAGAUUCCAUCAUUACCUCCCUUGCCAGUAGACACAACAGCAAAUUCAGGAAUAGAUAUAUCUUUAGAUCAGACUGCCCAACCCCCUCAUCAAACUAUUGUUGAUCAAGUUGCAAUUUCUCUUCCUGAUGUUCCACUUUCUGUCACACUACCUGAAGAAACCAAACUGAAGCAGUCGCUUUCUGACUCUUUAUCUGUUGAUUCAUCUGUAUCUGAAGAAGAAGAUACAGGAAGAAAAAGUAAGAGUAAAAAUGGAAAUGGCAUCAUUCUGGAAACUUAUAAAGAAAAAAGUAAGGAACCAUCACUACUCAGAAUUAGCUCUGUAGAUUCUGCGCCUGCCCAAUCACCUCCAAGUACCAUUGCCAUUCCCGUUAGUGAUCAAAUGUCAACAAUUUCUUCUCUAUCUAGAGAGGUUACAGAUAUGGCCAGAACUGUAUCACAAAUACCACCUACAGCUCCUUCAGUUCCUUCUGUGACACCUAGAGCCCCUCUUCUUUGGAGAAGUGCUUCUUUGGAGUCAUCUGCCCCACCCCCACUUGCUCCUGCACCUCCCGCUCCUCCUCCACCUCCUCCUCCUCCUCCUCCCCCUCUUCCCCCACCAACUCCACCUAAGCCUGCUAUUUAUCCUAAGAAGAAGUCAGUGAAAGCUCCUCCAGUGACAUUAGCUACUGUUGUCCCUUCAGCUGACACUGCUAUGACUGUGGAGGCUACUGCUACUCCAAGGAACAAUGGAACACCUAUAACAAAAGUAUACACCCCUGCACCACCUCCUGUUCCACCUAAGCCAUCUUCAAUUCCAUCAGGACUUGUAUUUACUCAUAGAUCUGUUGAGGGAACCAAACCUCCAAUUGCUCCUAAACCAGUCAUUCCUCAACCUCCAGUAACAACACAGAUACAAGUGGAUACAUAUCCCAAACCAGCAGGUUUACCCUUAACUUCAAGUAUGACUUUGAAUUUAGUGACUUCAACAGAGUAUAAAUUGCCAUCUCCUACAUCCCCCUUAUCACCACAUUCUAACAAGUCGUCACCAAGAUUUUCCAAAUCAUUGAUGGAGACUUAUGUUGUUAUAACAUUGCCAUCUGAACCAGGAACUCCAACAGAUUCUAUAACUAGUCAGGCAGUGACCAGCUGGCCUCUGGGUUCACCUUCUAAGGAAUUGGUUUCCAUUGAGCCUGUAUUUACCACAGUUCUUCCUGUGACAGGGAUAGAGCUUCAGAGCAUGUCAGAUCAGAGCCUGUAUACCUCAGGUGCUUUACAAGCUCCUUUGGCUGCCCCAGUCAUGACACAAUCUUCAUUCUCCAUAGGCCCAGACUCAGUAACUCCAUUACUAUCAAGUGAAGUGACUAAAACUAUGAUUUCAUUAGCAGAUAGCACAGUUCCUACUAUUGAUUCAAGUAGUAUUUCUAUAACCAUUCCUCCAGAACCUAUACCUCAAGAGCCAUUAGCAUUAGAGAAACCAAGAUAUAAAGAAAAUGGAAAGUUUCAGCUCUUUGGGGAUGUUAUUGAUCUGCGUAUGGUACCAAAAGUAGAUGGUGAGAUAACUGGAAGCUGCAUGGAUCUGUCUGCUUCAACAGUAGAUGUAAGAAGACAGGUUACAGCAAGUGAGGCACAUGGCAGACAAAUCAGCACAGUCCAACCUGCUAUUGUAAAUCUCAGUGCAACAUCAUCAGUAGUGACAUCACUAGCCCUGGUCACAGACACUAUAGCUGUUGUAACAUGUACAGCUAAUGUAAGUUAUACCACAAGCACAGAAAGCCUGAUUGGGGCAGAUCAUUCUAUGACACCACUUCAAUUAACAAAGUCAAAGCAUCCUGAGCCUACUUACAGAAAAACAAGUGCCCAAGUGUUCCCUACACUUAGGGAGGAAGCCCCAAUAAACUUAUCUCUAAGUACUUCUGCCCAUGCGGUACCACUGCCUACCACCAAACCUGUCACUGCACCACCACCUAGUGUUACAAAUGGAUGGGCUGAUUACUCCACAUCUCAAGGGCUUGAAGAUGGUGGUGCAGUGGACCUCAGCACUACAAAGUCUCACCGAACUGUAGUCACAGUGGAUGAAUCUUCUUCAGGUGUUGUGACUACUGUCAUAGAAGACGAUGAGAAACCAGUGGAUUUGACUGCAGGAAGAAGAGCAGUUUGCUGUGAUGUUGUUUAUAAAUUACCAUUUGGAAGAAGCUGUACAACACAACAGCCUGCAACCACUCUUCCUGAAGAUCGGUUUGGUUAUAGAGAUGAUCACUACCAGUAUGAUCGGUCAGGGCCGUAUGGUUAUAGAGGCAUGGGUGGCAUGAAGCCUUCAAUGUCUGAUACAAACUUGGCAGACUCUGGAGUUUUCCUCUAUAAAAGUAAGAAUACCUUUGAUUAUACUGGAGGGGCUGAUACAGCAGUAGAUCUAACUUCUGGAAGAAUAACUACAGGUGAGGUAAUGGAUUAUUCAAGCAAGACCACAGGUCCUUAUCCUGAGACUCGACAAGUUAUUUCAGGCUCUGGGAUUAAUGCGCCACAGUAUUCGACAGCAAGAAUGACCCCUCCACCAGGAGCCCAGUUUGGCGUGGGGAGUGUUUUGAGAUCCUCUAAUGGUGUAGUUUAUUCUUCAGUAGCAACUCCAAUCCCUUCUACAUUUGCUAUCACUACACAACCAGGCUCUAUUUUCAGCACUACUGUGAGGGAUUUGUCUGGCAUCCACACAACUGACACAAUAACAUCUUUGUCUGCUUUGCAGCAGACCCAGCCAUUACCUCGAUCAUACGGUUUCCUAACAACAGGGGCAUCUGAUAAGGACAGUUCAGUGGCUGCUAUAGAUUUAGAAACAAGCUUGCAAACUCUGACUGUGGAAAGUCUCGCUGCUGAGGCCAUUGAUGUUAUUCCCACUUUGACCACAGCAUCGGAGGUAUUCCCCGAAGUCCUUGGAGAAGACAGUGCUCUUGUCAUUGGCACUGAAGAAGACAAGCAGCAACAACUUGACUUAGAGCGGGAGCUCCUCGAGCUCGAAAAGAUUAAACAACAGCGCUUUGCUGAGGAGUUAGAGUGGGAACGACAGGAAAUACAAAGAUUCCGAGAGCAGGAGAAGUUUAUGGUUCAAAAGAAACUGGAGGAGUUGCAGUCUAUGAAGCAGCAUCUCCUCUUACAGCAAGAAGAAGAAAGACAAGCUCAGUUUAUGAUGAGGCAAGAAACACUAGCUCAGCAACAGCUACAACUUGAGCAAAUCCAGCAACUUCAGCAGCAGCUUCACCAGCAGCUAGAAGAGCAAAAGAUCCGGCAGAUAUACCAAUAUAACUAUGACCCGGCUGGUACAGGCUCUCCACAAACCACCACUGAACAAGCGAUUCUGGAAGGUCAGUAUCCAGUGGGAGAGAGCAGUCCGUUUUGGACAGCUGAAGAUGUUACCACCACAGCUUCGACAGUGGUAGCCAUUGAAAUCCCACAGAGCCAAGGCUGGUACACCGUUCAGUCUGAUGGUGUCACUCAAUAUAUUGCUCCUCCUGGCAUACUGAGUACUGGCCCUGAAGUGCCUCUAAAUGAUGUUGUUGUGAAAGAUGAAAAGCAACUUAAAAAAAGGAGCUCUGGAGCCAAGCUGCGAGGCCAGUAUGAUGAGCUGGAGGAAAGUGUAGGGGAGGAUCCCAGGGGUUUUAAAAAAAUAGUAGACAGUGGAGUACAAACUGAUGAUGAAGAUGGAGCAGACAGGAGUUUUACCAAUAGGAGAAGAAGAAGUAAAAAAAGUGUGGAUACAAGCGUCCAAACUGAUGAUGAAGAUCAAGAUGAGUGGGAUAUGCCUAGUAGAUCCCGGAGAAAAUCACGUUCUGGAAAAUACAGUGAUAGCACUACUGACAUUGACAAGACCAAACCCCUUUCCAAGGUAUCUAGCAUAGCAGUUCAAACAGUGGCAGAAAUAUCAGUGCAGACUGAACCAGUUGGGACCAUAAGAACACCUUCCAUCCGUGCUCGAGUUGAUGCAAAAGUUGAAAUAAUCAAACACAUUUCAGCUCCUGAAAAGACAUACAAAGGGGGAAGUUUAGGAUGUCAAACAGAGGCAGAUCCAGAUGCACAGAGUCCUCAGUAUUUGAGUGCUACAUCUUCACCCAAAGACAAGAAACGUCCGACACCUUUAGAAAUAGGUUAUUCAUCUCAUCUUCGGGCAGAUUCCACUCUACAACUUGUACCAUCUCCACCAAAAUCUCCAAAAGUCCUUUAUUCACCCAUUUCUCCAAUUUCACCAGGCAAAGCCUUAGAAUCAGCCUUUGUACCUUAUGAAAAACCCAUCACUGAUGAUAUUAGCCCUCAGAAAAUAUUGCAUCCAGACAUGGCAAAGAUUCCACCAGCAAGCCCAAAGUCUGCAAAAAUGAUGCAGAGGUCAAUGUCUGACCCAAAACCUCUGAGCCCAACAGCAGAAGAGAGUUCCAGAGGUCACUUUCAGUACACGGAGGGCUACUUGACCAAAGGUUCUCAGACUAUAACAGCUUCUGGCACUCAGAAAAAAGUAAAGAGGACACUUCCAAAUCCACCUCCUGAAGAAACUUCCUCAGGGACCCCAUCAGCAUACAGCACCAUGGGUUCUGUUUCCCGAAGAAGGAUCUGCAGAACUAACACAAUGGCAAGAGCCAAAAUCCUCCAGGAUAUAGAUAGAGAACUUGACCUUGUAGAAAGGGAAUCAGCAAAGCUCAGAAAGAAGCAAGCUGAAUUGGAUGAGGAAGAAAAAGAGAUAGAUGCAAAGCUGCGCUACUUAGAAAUGGGAAUCAACAGGAGAAAAGAAGCACUGUUAAAGGAAAGAGAGAAAAGAGAACGAGCCUACCUCCAAGGAGUAGCUGAGGACCGUGAUUAUAUGUCAGAUAGUGAAGUAAGCAGUACUAGGCCAACCAGAAUAGAAAGUCAGCAUGGGUUGGAAAGACCGAGGACUGCCCCCCAAACUGAAUUUAACCAGUUUAUGCCACCACAAACACAGCCAGAAUCUCAGUUAGUUCCACCGACAAGUCCUUAUACCCAAUAUCAGUUCUCCUCCCCUGCUCUUCCAACACAAGCACCAACUCAGUAUACCCAGCAGUCUCCUUACCAACAGCAGCCUUUAUACCAUCAGCAGGUAUCCCCUUAUCAGACCCAGCCUACCUUCCAAACUGUGGCAACAAUGUCCUUCACCCCACAAACCCAGCCUCCACCAACUCCACAGCCUUCCUAUCAACUGCCGUCCCAGAUGAUGGUGAUACAGCAAAAGCCAAGGCAAUCUACCUUGUAUUUGGAGCCUAAAAUAACAUCUAAUUAUGAGGUCAUUCGAAAUCAACCUCUGAUGAUAGCCCCAGUUUCCACUGAGAAUACUUAUGCAGUUUCCCACCUUGGUAGCAAGUACAAUAGCCUAGACUUAAGAAUAGGUUUAGAGGAAAGAAAUAGCAUCGCAGGCAGUCCUAUAUCAAGCAUAUCGGCAGAUUCUUUCUAUGCAGAUAUAGAACAUCACACACCACGAAAUUAUCUCCUGAUUGAUGAUAUUGGUGAGCUCACCAAGGGCACAGCAGCACUGAGUACUGCAUUUAGCCUUCAUGAUAAGGAUUUGACGAAAACUGACCGCCUCCUUCAAACCUCAGAGACACGCAGGACCCAAGAAGUCACAGAUUUUCUGGCCCCUUUACAGACUUCUUCUAGACUGCAUUCCUAUGUAAAAGCAGAAGAAGAUCCAAUGGACGACCCCUAUGAAUUGAAGCUUCUCAAACAUCAGAUCAAGCAGGAAUUCCGACGUGGUGCUGAAAGCUUAGACCAUCUUGCUGGCCUUUCCCAUUAUUACCAUUCAGAUACUAGCUAUCGACAUUUCCCCAAAUCAGAGAAAUAUAGUAUUAGUAGGCUGACACUUGAAAAACAGGCAGCAAAACAACUCCCAGCAGCAAUCCUUUAUCAAAAGCAGGCAAAGCAUAAAAAAUCUCUAAUUGACCCCAAAAUAUCCAAAUUUUCACCAAUUCAAGAAAGCAGAGACCUUGAACCAGAUUAUUCCAGCUAUAUGACUUCUAGCUCUCCAUCAGUUGCAGGCAUUUCCUCCAGGGCAAGACUUCUUCAGGAUGAUAUUACUUUUGGCCUUAGAAAAAAUAUCACAGACCAACAAAAAUUCAUAGGAUCAUCUCUCACUUCUUCCCUUGGGACAGGCUUGGGUACUUUGGGCUCCACAAUCCGGUCAGCAUUACAGGAUGAAGCAGACAAGCCUUACAGUAGUGGCACUAGAUCAAGGCCUUCUUCACGACCCUCCUCUGUCUAUGGACUUGAUUUAUCGAUAAAGAGAGAUUCAUCAAGCUCUUCUUUAAGGCUGAAGGCUCAAGAGGCUGAAGCUUUAGAUGUUGCUUUUAGUCAUGUGACACCUUCUGGCAGAACUAAACCUACAAGUCUGCCUAUUAGCCAGAGUAGAGGAAGAAUACCAAUUGUUGCUCAGAACUCAGAAGAAGAAAGCCCUUUGAGCCCUGUUGGCCAGCCAAUGGGAAUGGCUAGAGCUGCAGCUGGACCACUGCCACCAAUAUCUGCUGAUACAAGAGAUCAGUUUGGAUCAAGUCAUUCAUUGCCUGAGGUUCAGCAGCAUAUGAGAGAAGAGUCACGGACUCGAGGUUAUGAUCGGGAUAUAGCUAUCUUCAUGGAUGACUUCCAACAUGCCAUGUCAGACAGUGAAGCCUAUCACCUACGUCGUGAGGAAACAGAUUGGUUUGACAAGCCCAGAGAAACUCGUUUAGAAAAUGGACAUGGUCUUGACCGGAAACUUCCAGAAAGACUGAUUCACUCAAGACCACUAAGCCAACAUCAAGAACAAAUGAAUGGGAAGCCUACACAGUACAUCUUUCCUCAUGCAAGAAUAAAAAUAAUGAGAGACCUUAAGGAUCAUACAGUUUCAGGUAAUGGAUUAGGAAUCCGAAUCGUAGGUGGCAAAGAAAUCCCAGGAAAUAGUGGAGAAAUUGGAGCCUAUAUUGCCAAGAUCCUCCCUGGUGGAAGUGCAGAGCAGACAGGAAAACUUAUGGAAGGAAUGCAAGUAUUAGAAUGGAAUGGAAUUCCCCUGACUUCUAAAACCUAUGAAGAAGUACAGAGCAUCAUUAAUCAGCAAAGUGGGGAAGCAGAAAUAUGUGUAAGACUGGAUGUCAAUAUGCUCUCUGAUUCUGAGAAUCCCCAGCACCUGGAACUACAUGAGCCACCAAAGGCUGUGGACAAAGCAAAAUCCCCUGGAGUGGAUCCAAAACAGCUAGCCGCUGAACUCCAAAAAGUUUCUCUCCAGCAGUCACCAUUGGUCCUUUCUUCAGUUGUUGAAAAGGGGUCACAUGUUCACUCUGGCCCCACAUCAGCUGCAUCCAGUGCUGUUCCUAGUCCUGGCCAACCAGGAUCUCCCUCAGUGAGCAAAAAAAGGCAUGGCAGCAAGCCCACUGAUGCAACAAAGUCUGUCUCUCAUCCAAUUACUGGAGAAAUUCAGCUUCAAAUCAACUAUGACAAACAUCUUGGAAACCUUAUAAUACACAUUCUUCAAGCAAGAAACCUUGUGCCCAGAGACAACAAUGGAUAUUCUGAUCCUUUUGUUAAGGUGUAUCUUCUUCCUGGGAGAGGCCAAGUCAUGGUUGUCCAGAAUGCAAGUGCUGAAUAUAAGAGGAGAACUAAAUAUGUUCAGAAAAGUCUUAAUCCAGAAUGGAAUCAGACAGUUAUUUAUAAAAAUAUCUCCAUGGAACAGCUCAAGAAGAAAACACUGGAAGUGACAGUCUGGGAUUAUGAUAGAUUCUCUUCCAAUGACUUCCUUGGUGAGGUAUUGAUUGAGUUAUCUAGCACUUCUCACCUUGACAACACUCCUCGAUGGUAUCCUCUGAAAGAACAGACAGAAAGCAUUGACCAUGGAAAGUCCCAUUCUAGUCAAAGCAGCCAGCAAUCCCCAAAACCAUCUGUCAUCAAAAGCAGAAGUCAUGGAAUAUUCCCUGAUCCAUCCAAGGAUAUGCAGGUACCUACAAUUGAGAAAUCCCAUAGUAGUCCCGGGAGCUCAAAAUCAUCCUCUGAAGGCCAUCUUCGCUCUCACGGACCAUCACGCAGCCAAAGCAAGACCAGCGUCACUCAGACCCAUCUUGAAGAUGCAGGAGCCGCCAUUGCAGCCGCAGAAGCAGCUGUGCAACAGCUUCGCCUUCAACCAACAGCACAUAAAAGCGGUCAGUCUAAUCAUACCAGGAAGCAGCACAGACACAGCAUAGCAGGAGUCCUCCCAAUUCAAAGAACUCAGUCUGACAAUCUGCCUCCACCAGCCAAUGACAACAAAGACCCAAGCCAGCUGGCACUCAGGAAGGUGAUGUCUGAUGGACCAGUCAAGCCAGAAGGAGCAAGGCCUACUAAUCACCGACCUGCGGAAAGCUCCGUCUCUACUGGCUCAUCUGCCAGCAGCUUUGGCAGUGGAUAUAGUGUGGACAGUGAAGGAAGUAGCAGCACUGCAGGGGAGACUAAUCUAUUUCCCAUUCCAAGAGUAGGGAAGAUGGCACAGAAUGGACAAGAGACAGUGAAGCAGCCUGCAGUAGGAUUACCAGAUGCAGAAGCUAAAACUCAAGUUAUGGGAGAAAUCAAGAUUGCCCUGAAAAAGGAAAUGAAAACAGAUGGAGAGCAGCUAAUAGUUGAGAUCCUCCAGUGCAGAAAUAUAACUUACAAAUUUAAAUCUCCUGAUCAUUUACCAGAUUUAUAUGUGAAGCUGUAUGUAGUCAACAUUUCUACCCAAAAAAGAGUUAUCAAGAAAAAGACAAGAGUGUGUAGGCAUGAUCGGGAACCUUCUUUCAAUGAAACAUUUAGAUUUAGCCUGAGUCCUGCUGGGCAUUCUCUUCAGAUUUUGCUUGUCUCCAAUGGAGGUAAAUUUAUGAAAAAGACAUUGAUUGGUGAGCUUAUAUCUGGCUUGACAAAGUGGAUUUAAGGAAAAGAAUAGUGAACUGGCACAAACUCUUGGUCAGUCCUACACAAACACAUUGAAAAGCUGUGUCUGCUUAGGCUAUAGAAUCUUACAGGCCAUUAUCUUCUAUAAGAGCAUCAAAUCGAUUUCAUAGAUUGAUACUAUUGUGUUUAACUAGGCUUUCAAGGGAAAAAAUAAAAAGACAAGAGGGAAGAUUAAAUGAUGGGUUUGCAACCUUGUAAACUUGCUGUUGAUCAAGUCAGCAAUGAGCUUUGAGCUCCCAAAGAAAAAGAUGUGUGAUUUAAGAGGGCUUGUUGAUGCUGGACUUCUCAUGGUCACCAUGGGGAACUCUGAAAAGAAGUUGAGUGCUUAAGGCAGAAGUGCUUACUUGGCACUCCGAUGAAGCUAGAAGUGGUGGUUCAAAGAUCAAUAUGGUUUGCAAUGUAAAACAAUGAUGAUUUUUUAAUGCAAAAGCAUCUAGGGUGAAUGCAAAGGACUGACUAUAAAUCUCACUUUCUAAAAGUGUACAACUAGUCCCUCUUCACCUUCAGUUCUCUGAUUAUUUACUAGGAUAAAAGUAUACUACAGGAGUAAUUCCUCCUGUUUUGUUUGCAGUUUUGGCAGAGGCUUGAAUUUCAUUUUUUUGGAUGAAAACCAAAUGCCUUGGACCAUGAGCUCAAAGGGAUUUCAUGGUGUAUAGCACCAUCAUCGAAACCUAUUAAAUGAAAGCACAUUUUUGGUAUAGGUUGUCAUGAUCUAUACUGAAGAUAACCCAGGAUAGAACUUGAGUGGAAUAUUGAAAAGGAAUAUACCAUUUAUUGUAUGAAUAAAGCUGCUGUCCUGGAAGACUAGACAUGGAUGACUUGGCAGGGAAGAAUUUUGCCUCAAAAAUAAUAGUCCCAGGGAUCUAUCAAAAAUGCAAAAAGAUUCUUUAUUUUCCCAUAAUUUAGCCUUUGAGGAAGACUAUCUGAAUCAUAUCGGCUAUAUGUACCAAAGGACCUAGAUUUAACUUGUAUGAGCUAGGAAGCAUGAAAGCCUAUUCUGUGUGGAACUUCAAAUAAACUCAUUAUCCUAUGUAUUUAAUUUCUUUGGAGUGACAUAUUAGGAGACAAAAAUAUUUUCCCUCAAAUAAAUUUUAUAAUAGUCUCUUAGUUGUGGAUAAUUAGACUGGGAUGAGUUCUUACUCUUAUGCAAUUAAAUCUUUUUAAAAAUAAAUGUAUAUAUAGCAUGAAAAUCCUUACACCCAAGGCCCAUCUUUCUAUUGUUCUUCUGCUUCAUUAAUCCCUACCUGCAUACUUCAUCUUGGUCAAAUUCAUAACUGGGGUCCUUGGAAAUUGCAUACUAUAACUAUUCCAAACACCAAAUUAAAAAAAUCUAUUUGAUUAAGAAUUUUGACACCAUAAGAUAAUUAAUUUUUUAAAAUAUUGAACAAAUGGUUGAAACCCAAGAUAUUUAAAUGGGAUUAUCUUCAUCAUGUACCAAAAGUUAUUAAUGAGAAACUCACAAGGGUAAUAGUACAACUGAGUAGUAAUGGCCUAGAAGUAUAUUUCAGGAAACCAAGGUUUUUGUCUGGUCUCUGACAAUGACUCCCUAUCUAAUCUUCACUCAAUCAUUAAAUUUCUCUUUGUGAGCAUGUCAUCUGUAAAAUGGGUAUGAUAAUAACUUCUCUACUUAACUCAGAGGGUUGUAGUUGGGAUAAAAAUAGGUCACAUACUUGAAAGCACUUUACACAGUGUAAAGCAGUAUAAAAAUGAAAGGAGUAAGGGUUAAGUAUGUUCAGUCUCUCAAUCGAAGAGAGGAAAAUAAAUUUCUUAUUCCCCUAUAUAACAUCUUCACAUUGGCACAAAAAAAAUCAGUUCCAAAUAUAAUUUUUCACAUAGUACGGAAAAACUUCUCCAACAGUAUUUAAUUUUCUUUUACCCUUUUUUUUUAAAGGCUAAGUGAAGAGAAAAUAUACACAAAUAGACAGGGUAUGCAAAGUUGAAGCCAAAUUAACAAAUUCAUUGUUAAAUCUCUUAUUCCACUUUCAUUUUCCCCCAAAAGGAAAAUUUAAGGGUUAAGCAACUCAGUCUAAAUUUGUUGAUUUAAAAUUGUGGGUAAAAUCUAGACUAAAUAUUCCACCAGGUAGAAGAGAUAGUACAGUUCUCACAGUGGAAGCUUUAACUUUGAAUAUUCUGGCUUUUUCAUCUGAUUAGGCAUUUCAAAUGUAUCUUUCUCUGUAGUUAGUGUUAACUAGAGGUCUUGUUCCUGCCUGGACUAUUAAAAUAACUAGAAACCAUUAGCUGGCAACAGACCUUAUUUGCAUAGAUAUAAAAAUGAUUUGAUGUCCAGCUGUCCUCCAGCCCCACUUAGUAAAUUGUCAUAGCUUCUGUACUCCAAACAACCCCUCCAUCCCAGCCCCCAGCAAAAAAAAAAAUCCUACCUUUCAUAAUCAUUGAAAUAGGGAUAAGAUGAGGGCAUUUGGAAGAUCAAACAAAUGACAAUUUUGAUUUUGCAAGAAUUUUAUUUUUUGGAGACAGCAAAGUCCUGUUGAUGGUUGCAAUGGAAAAUUUGGGAGAAAUGAACGUGAUAUAGGAGACCAUAAUCAACACUCUUCAUUUGGGAAAAGUGGUCCAAUAAGCCUUUAAUUUGACAAAAUGUCACUUGCCCUUAAAGUUAAAGUGUUUAAUGGGACCUGGGUUAACUUUGGCACUCUCCUAUAACCCCUGGUAUAAUCCAUUCAUCUUUAAUACUUGGUUCCCAUGAAUAUGAGAUGACCAGUCACUCACCUUCAAAAUGCAAUUUCCUUAAGGCCAAUAAAAUAGUAGAUAUAGCCAAACAAAGGAUUGUCCCUUAAUCCUGAUCUGAUUAAACAUAUUAAAAUUAUUUUCAUUUUUGGUGGCUCCCAAAUUCCUGGAGACUAUUAACAAUUAGGUCAUUUACUACAUUCAAUGGCAGGACUCAUUUUAUAUGGGUCGAUGCCAGCGUCCAUUCAGAGGGUAUAUGAUGCUUCCCAAGAGUGCCAAAGUAGCAUCUGACCAAAAUCCUUAGGUUGUUCUGGAAUUAUUCUAUGCAACAUUGAUUUAUAUGUGAAUGCAUUUCUUCUGAAUGAUGAUAACAACUCUUCAUAAAACAGAAAAAUUUCAUUUUAAAAUUUAAAGCAGGGCUCUUGGUACUUUUACUUUUUUGUAUAUAUCACAGCAUGGUUUUCCAAUUUUACUUCCUUAUUCCUUCACUGGCUUCUUGGUGGCUAUAGAGCUUGUGAUCUCUGAUUAACUGAUUUUUUAUUAGCCUAAUUAACAUACUUCUACAACAUUUAUCUAAAUAUGUACAUCUUUCAAGUUCUCAAAUGAACUUUGAUUUUUCCCACAAAUACAUGGAGUCAUCAAAUAUUGAGAUAGUUCCUUGUUUUAAGACCUGGUGCAAUGAAAACAUGCUGAAAUCUGAGCAAAAGCACAGUGUGAGUGUUUACAAAAGAAAAGGCUUCAUAAUAUAGUCUUUACAAAUAUGGAUGGAGAGAGAAGCAGGACAUUACUAUAAAUAUACUGGUUAUUUACCAUUUCAGUUCAAAGAGGCCGGAUCCAGGAGCAGAAUAAAGGGAUAUAGGGUCUGAUUCUUAAUAUUAUCCAUAUUUUACAUUGAACUAACUUAUUAAUCAAAUCCAUAUUUCAAGACAUAAUUGGAGUAAGUUUUGUAGAUCACAUAUACACAUAUUGAAAUGGUCAUUUUGUGGGAAUAUUGUAGCUGGUAACCAGCUGAUAUGGAUUCUUACUAUAGGAGUGAUGGUGGUAGUGGGAGUGGUGGCAGUAGUUGGAAAUACAAGUAAGCAUCUAUACUAUAAAAAAGCUAUUGUGCCCAAUUUAAUAGAAAUUAUUUGAUCAAUGUUUAGUUUCAUGAAGAUAUCAUAAAGAUGUUUAUAGUAUUUUUUUAUUAUUUAAAUCAUACUUAAUAUUUUGAAGGACUUAUUUUCAUUGCUACCUUGUCUAUUAUCCCAAAUUCUGUCUACUAUACCUAUACAUGUACAUACAUCUAUGUCUGACAGAAAUGAAUUGAAUUGAUAUGACUGAAAUCAGAAUUGAGGAGAGUACACUCCAUGAAUAUAAAUCAUAUGAUCCAGUUGUUUCUUUCAAAUUAUUAAUUGCCUUUGCUGAAAGACUAGAGUGAAUGAGUAAAAUGGAUAAUGUUCGAGUUAGAAAAUACAUUUUAAUGUUUUCUGUAUAUUCCAUUUUAUUUAUUUAAAAAUAUUUCCUGGGGAACUCGAAAUCAUUUUAAAAAUCCUUAAAUAAUAAUAAUAAUAAUAAUAGGUGGUUUGAGAGAGCAGUUUCUUAAUUUGUUACACUGUAUAUAACUAUACAUUUUGUAAAACAGAUCAGUUUGGAUUAUUAAUUUCAUCCAGCAUUCAGCAUGUGAAAAUGAGUAUUAUUUGACUGUGUCUGUAUAUUUGUUCAGUGAUGUGCUCAGGUGCUACCAUGACAAAUAGCGUGUGUGCUAAUAUCUUAUCAAACAAGAAUUUAAAAAAGCAUACAGCAUUACAGCUGUCCAUACAUUUUUAAAAAUUAAAAUAAAAUAUCCUUUAAAAAUGUCAUGUUUCUAAAUUGAAUGUUGCAUGUAAUGGUGGUGAUUUGAUAAUCUUUUCUUUUUUUAAAUUUUCUUGAGAUCUCUCUGGAAGACAACAAAAACAAGAUCAAAAAGCCUUGUUCUAAAAGUUGUAUAAAUUGAAAUAAAAAUGUAUGAGAAUUGUACACAUACAAUGCUUGUAAAUGUCUCAGUUUUCGCUCUAUGUAAAAAUUCAUGUCAUGGUUUUGUGGUUGUAUACAGGAUGUAUCUUGAGAAUUUAUGCAAGUUGUGUUAUAUAAAGGCUGUUCCCCCAGUCUAACAAAUAAAUACUGAAAACAUCAA